CUUCCCACUCGCGGCUCCUUGGGCCCCUUUUUCCGAGGGAGGAGAAGUAAGAAGAGGAGGAGGAGAAGGAGGAGGGGGAAAGGAGAGGACCCAGCCAAGGUACCUCGAAGGGGACACCCCUGGCAUCCUUUGCUUCGUCGGGGGACUGAGAAGGAGGAGGAGGAGGAGGAGGAGGAUGCCCCUCCCGCUUCCUCCAAACUUGGAGCCUUCCUCUCAAGCGCCUCUCUCUCUUCUUCUCGCCCUUUCAGAGUUUGCCAAGCCAGCCUGGACGGAGGAGAGGAAGCGCCCCUUCGCUUUUGGGAGGAAUUGAUACGUUAGAACGGUUGGGUUGAAAAGAAGGAAAAAGAAGACGGGGAGACAGACAUGAAACCUCUCUUCAGGCAGCAGAGAGAUAGGGGUGCGGCACUGACUGAGGUUGUGUGGGUUGUGUUUAUGCUAUGAGAGACUUCUUUUGGAUGUUUCUGCUGGAGUGUUUGUGAAUUUGGAUCAGGAUUGAAGAAUGGCUCAGGUUCUACACAUGGAGACUGCUUUUCCAGGAAAGCCCAAUCCCACUUCUGCUACAUCUUUCCAUGUGAAGGAGCAGGACAUGCCUUAUUCGGUCGAGACCCCCUAUGGCUACCGUCUGGACCUGGACUUUCUCAAGUAUGUGGACGACAUUGAGAAGGGUCACACAAUUAAGCGAAUCCCAGUCCAUCGGCGACCACGCUACAGUUCGUUGCCACGAGGGUAUGGCUACACGGGCUCAUGGUGGACUUCCACUGAGUCCCUUUGCUCCAAUGUCAGCAUGGACAGUCACCAUUCGUCCUAUUCUUAUUGUGGGCGCAGCUUCUACCCACAGUACCCCAACACCACACCAGGCAGUUUUAAUGCCCGCGUGGAGAAGACCUUGCUGGAUGCCAGGAAGAAGCUAGAAGACCAGGCAGAUUCAGGAGACGGGGAAAGGUGCAGAGCAAGUGGCCUUGGGAGCCUCCAUAGUAGUGUGUCUGGGUCAACCAGCUCUUUGGUAGGAAGCCAGAGCCUUUCCCGCCAGACUUCUUAUAAUGGUUCACAACCGGGCGCUUCUGGACAAUUUACACCAAUUGGUUCUGGGUUGUCCACCCCAGUCUCCCCAACCCCAGGACACCUCCAGCAUGUUCGGGAACAGAUGGCUGUUGCCUUGAAAAAAUUGCGCCUGUUGGAAGAGCAAGUCAAGAUGAUUCCCGUGCUUCAGGUGAAGAUCUCAGUGCUGCAGGAGGAGAAGCGGCAGCUUAGUGUCCAGCUCAAAAGCCAAAAGUUUUUGGGGCACCCUGGGGGGUUUUGUAAGGGUAAGUCCAGGGGGGAGCUCUACAUAGAUAUCCCUGAAGAGGGAGCAGGUGGGAAUGCAGAGGAGGGCAAAGUAAGGUCUGACACUGGUCCCAGGCUGGAUAGGAAGGAAGUGAGGUCAGUGGGUGUGGGUAGGUCAGCUGAAGAGACAGAGAGAGGUGAGGAGACAGCGAGAUGUGAUGUUGGGGUGGCAGUCAGGGAGGAGGAGCUGGGGUUGCCUUCCCCUGAGGAGGAGCGGCAGCGCCAAGCUGUUCAGGUUCUGUCCACCAAGAUUGCCGUACUGGAGACACAGCUGAAAAGGGCACUCCAGGAACUCCAGGCUGCCCACCAGAAACUGGAGCAUCGGAGUAGGGGACAGGAAGACAAAGAAACGUCCACAAGGGAUGUGGGUCACCCAACAGAAUGGGAAGUGAGGGAGGAAGGUCCAGGGCUUGCACAGAGCCUGCUAGAUAACCCCAUCCGGGUGGAUACCAUAAAAGUUGUCCAAGUUGAGAGGGAGCCAGAGGUUGUAGCUAGCAAAGCCACGGGGAUGGAACAUAGGCCGCAGAGGGCGCAAACGCUGGAGAGCAAGGAACCUUAUGCCAGCCUCCGAGCUUUGGCAGAGCCUGAGGACAAGAAGAAGCCAGUGUGUACCACGUAUCACAGCAGUGAGGUGAUGGAGACCACUUUCCCAGUCCAUGCUGGUUCAGCGACUCCUCCUUCCACAUUCCACUGCGUGAAGAAGAUCAGCAUUGCUGGCACAGAAGAGGAUGGGAAUGGAAAUGGAGACAUAACAGAUCCUCAGAGGUUUUUGGAGAGAGCUGAGCACCCAUCUAGUCACUCCCUCCAGACAGAGCAAGUAACCCGCUGCCUGUCACAGGAGCCCAAUUUAAAUGUCCAAGCAGAGGGAGAGGACCAAGCUUCAUUCACUGCAGGGAUCCGGUCAAUUAUGAAAAGGAAAGAGGAACAGACAGAGAUUGUGGCAAGCAAGAAGAGCCUCCACUUUGUGGGCAUCAAUGGAGGGUAUGAGUCCACUUCCUCCGAGGACUCCAGCACAGCAGAGAAUGUAUCGGACAACGAGAGCACAGAGAGCGAGUAUCACGAGGCAAGCGAGGGGCUCCCUGCAGCGCAGGCAGCUAUCGCAGAGCCCGCAAAGCCUUCUGGGACUGCCACAACUCACCCUAAGAUUCCCACUGAAGGAGGUGAAAUGCCAGCACCAGUAGAAGGACAAAGCAAGGAACCAGAAAGCACCACUGGGAUGGUACUCAGCAAAGAUCUGCUUUCAGCCUGUGAAGUUCUUCAGAAAUACUUGGAGAGCCCCAAUGCACACAUGGACGAAGAGAUGAAAUUGGCGUAUACCACAGUACUUCCCUAUUGGCUGAGACUUUCCUGCCACAAAGAAGCAGAUCCAGCACUGGUCUCUCUGCAUUUGGCUGCAUUUCAGGCGAUUUCCCCAGAACUGCUGGAAUUCAUAAUCAAUAUGGCUGACGCCAAUGGUAACACAGCCCUGCAUUACACUGUCUCACAUUCCAACUUCCCUGUGGUUGCAAAGCUUCUUGAAACAGGCUUGUGUCACGUGGACCAACAAAACAAAGCUGGCUAUACAGCCAUCAUGCUAACAGCACUGGCUGCCUCCCGGUCAGAAAGUGAUAUGGAUACCGUUGUGCAGCUGCUGAAAAUGGGCAACGUUAAUGCCAAAGCCAGCCAGGCUGGACAGACUGCGUUGAUGUUGGCUGUCAGCCAUGGGCGUCUCGAUAUGGUGCGUGCCUUGCUUGCAAGCUCAGCGGAUGUCAACUUGCAAGACGACGACGGCUCCACAGCACUGAUGUGUGCCUGCGAACAUGGCCACGCUGAGAUUGUCCGCCUGCUGUUGGCCACACCUGGCUGUGAUGUUGCACUCUCUGACAACGAUGGCAGCACAGCUCUCUCCAUUGCAGUAGAGGCAGGCCAGAAUGACAUUGCUAUCAUGCUGUAUGCUCAUCUGAACUUUGCCAAAUCUACUUCUCCGGGGACUCCAAAGCAACCAAAGCCCGACAACACAGCGGUGACACCCAGUGAUAAUAACAACAAGGAUGAUGGUGGCAUUUCUCACUAGAAGCAGAGGCUUGCUCACUUUGAAGGACUGAGGAAUAAAAGGAUCUUCCGGUGCCUCUUGCAAGUUUGUCUGUUUCUGAAGAAAUGCAGCUUUAUUGACCUCUCCAUCAACAGGAAUUUCUCCCAUCUACUGCACUGUCUGGGCCGGUUGGUCUUCUAGCAAAACCAGCUUUGUGCAUGGCUUUCAGGAAGCUGUUUUAGAAGGGCUGCAGUGUAGCCAGCAAAGCUUGCAUGGCCUUGUUUCUGCCGGCCAGUGAGCCAAAGAGCAGAUUGGCAAAGGGUCUUUAGGUGCAGUUUCUCACCCAAUUUAGCACAGCUUUGCAGCUUCAUAGAGAUAAUAGUUCUCCCAUUCACGCCAACCUUCUAUAGGACGAAGAGACUGAAAGCAACCUCAAUGUCCAUCAAGAGACCACUGGGAAGGAACUGCAGUUUUAUUUACUAGAGCUGAGUUGGCAAAAUCAAGGUUCGUGGAGGUUCCAGUUUCAGAAAAGUGGAGCACUGGGACACACCUAUACCAUGGACAUCUUGACGAUUUGAGGCCAAAUCCUGGCCUUCUCCAUUCUGGCCCUUCUUCCAUUAAGGCUUAAUAUAUUUUAUAGAGGCUAAUAAAGGAGUGUCUCUCUAAAGCAACUCCAGACAGAAGACAUGUACCUUUUCUUGAACUGUGGCAAAGAAAA